CGCCGCACCCGGCGUUUCUGUCGCCACCCGCCGCCGGCUCUUCGAUUGACGGCCCCGGACGCUAAUACACCAUCUUCAAAGGCCCUGUAACGGCAGCGGCAGCGGCAGCGGCAGGAAGCACAGCAGGCUCUCUCUUCCUUUUCCUCCUUCCCGCCCUCCACUCUCUGACUCCUCGGUCCGUUCACUGUCAGCCGCGCCGCCGCCCUGCGGCCGACACGUUCGCGGCGACCGCCAUGUGUUAUUUCGACCAGACGCGCUGGAGCUGCGGGUACUGGCGAUGGGGCCACUUCCGUCAGCAGUGCAACAAGGAGUACCGGAUGGGCGAAACGUGUGGGCUCAAGCUCGUCUACGAGACAAGAGUCGAGUCGGACGUGUGUAAGCUCUGUCACGACACCGAGAAGAAGCAGAGGCGGUACGACAAGAUGUCUCGGGACGUACAGCGCUGGCAGCGCGAAGGCAACCGCAAUGCCACCAUCGAGCGCACAUGUGGUGAGAUGCAAGACGUGCUGGGCCAGAUCUAUCGUAUGCGCGAGGAGCACGACCACAGGCUACAAUCGCUUGGACAGUGAGAAGACCGGGGGCCGGCGGGAGAGGC